AUGGCCGCCCACGUCGAGCCCCUCCACCUCACCACUCCCCUCUCCCUCCAGCAAACGCUCACCUCCUUCCUCACCGUCGCCAUCCACACCAUCCUCUACACGCGCGCCAUCUACCCGCCCACAACCUUCAUCACAACCCGUGCCUACAACUUUCCUGUGCACCAGUCGCGCCACCCUGCCGUUUGCGACUGGAUCAACUCCUCCAUCGCAUCCAUUGCCGUGCUGCUCCAAAAAGGUUCCGUCAAGCGGAUCGCCGUCCCGAUCUUCAAUGAGGACGGGCAGGUGAUGGAACGGUUUAUGUUUGAUGUGGAGAGAUUCCCGGUUGUGGGGGAGAAGGAGCGCUGGACAGAGUUUGAAGGGGAGAAAGGCGUUAGGAAGCAGGAUGUCGAGGAGCAGUUGAGGGGGACGGUGAGGAGGCUAGAUUAUGCGUGUGGAAAGCUCAAGCCGCUGCCUGAGGGGUGCACGUUCAGUGUGGCGGUUGAGUUGCGGGAUGAGGCGGAGGUGCCUAUUGGGAAUCCACAGCCUUGGAUACCGUCUGAGCCGAGCCUGCAGACGGGAGAUAAGGCCGGGAGUGAGACGGUGGGAAGUGAUCUAGGAGGCGUAAAGAGUACGCCAGUGAGGUUGGUCGAGGCUGGCGAGUUUAUAAUGGAGGCAUGGAUCGAGGAAGGGAAGGCAAAGUUUGAACAUGAUGAAAACCAAAAGAAAGCCAAUGUCAGUGUUUCCGGGCAUCAAAGUAUGGCUCUCAUCCUCAUGAGACUAGAACCCGGCAACAUGGGCACCGCGGCGCUGGGCUAG